AUGGGACAACAGUUUAAGCUGUCAGCUGAGCAGAGGCCGAAAGAUGAUGAAGAAAGGAAAGAAAUGAGCAAGAUACCCUAUGCAAACAUAAUUGGAAGUGUGAUGUAUGUCAUGGUAUGUACAAGGCCAUACAUUGCACAUGCCGUGAGCUUGACAAGUAGAUACAUGAGUGAUCCAGGAAGGGUGCAUUGGCAAACACUAAAGUGGAUACUAAGAUAUCUAAGAGGGUCCAGUGAUUAUGGGAUUCUAUCCUCAGCAGGUCAAGAUCAGACAAGAGAUCAGUUAGAGGGAUUUUGUGAUUCGGAUUAUGCUGCAAAUUGUGAAAAUAGAAAAUCACAGACGGGGUACAUUUUCACAUUAUUUGGCUCAGCCAUUAGCUGGAAAUCGAAUCUACAAUCUGUGGUUGCCUUAUCCACAACUGAGGCAGAGUAUAAUGCUCUCACAGAUGCAGUGAAAGAGAGUUAUUGGCUCAAGGGUUUGCUGAGUGAUUUCGGGAUAGUUCAAAAGAAGACUUUCCACAACAAGAGUAAGCACAUGGAUGUUAAGCUUCAUUUUGUGAGAGAAGAAGUGAGCAAAGGGGGAGUGGAGGUGAGAAAGAUUGGGACAAAGCACAAUCAUGCAGAUGCCCUAACAAAGGCCCUACCAGCUACUAAGUUUGCCUAUUGCUUGGAGUUGGUGAAGGUGCAGAGGAAAUAA